CCUACUGAGCAUGCAACUCUGCAACUACUUGGGUUAGCCAGAUCCUUGGUGCCCCUUCAGCCAUAAACACAUUGCAUUGUUCGACUGGUGGACAUUUUGCUGGCUCGCUGAGUCACGCCCACCCCCCCAACGCCAUGACUCGUCAGCCAUGAACCCUCAAAGCAGUGCCGUUUGGCGCUGGCUUCGCGAUGUGCCUUGUGAAACGAUUGCUACCCCACCAGAUACAGCCCUAUCCUCACAGUCGAGUACCUUGAAACGAAAACAAUGUAUGGCUACCCGAUCCUCGAGUCCUGCGAAACGCCAGAGGGUCCUGGACGAUGCCGAUAACGUGCACCCUGACCAAAGUGCGUCCGCGAUUGCGGUUACAGAGCUUUCCGAGAGAACAAGGCUCUGUUGUCUUCUAGCACGUCGAAACGCGCAGGGAGCCCGGUCCGAGACUUGCUGAAUGACUUGCGAGCGUCGAAACCCGCUGUUUUCUGUGAAUUACCCUUUACGAUUCCCUUACCAGAGAAUGCCACCGUGUUAUGCACCACCCUUACUGAAGGUCUACACGAACGGGUGAUACCCAUUGGCCUGAAGGACCGAAUAUGUGCAGCUUUCCCCCUCAUGGCGAACGAAAUACCGCACUCUGCAUACGAUGAGGCAAAUAAUCCAUCGGAUCGUGAACUGGACUUGCUCUGGGAAACUAUCACGGAAAUACUGAGCAACGCGCGGGAAUUGAGCCUAUUUCAACAGGAUGAGAAUGCGUGGUGCAGUCAGGUGGUCUAUCCUAUGCUGCACCUUGCAUUUAGGGGUAGUAUGCUAAAAACGGAAAGCGUGCAAUCCCAGACGAUCAACCCUGAGCUACUCCCGAUAAUGCCGAAUAACCAUCGCGUCCAGAAGAAGUGCGAUUAUGCGUUUUCCUUUCAUAUACAUACUCAACAGGUCUUGGAUAUAUAUGAUGCCCUCGUUCGUGCAGGCGCGGGCGGUGCCCUGAGCCAAACGAUGGACUCAUCUAUGAAGCGGUGGCUACUUUUUUCCGGGCUUGAAGUCAAAAAUGAGAAUGGUGGGAAGGAUGAAGCACUUGCCCAACUUGCUACUUGGAUUGCGGCCGGGAUGGAAAACACUAGGAAACUUUGGGGUCAAUCCUCCGAAGAGGAACGUCCGUAUUGCGACCUACCUCCAAUGGUUGGGUGGACUGUUGUUGGCCAUGACUGGCAUACCUGGGUGACAUUUGGUGCCACUAAGAAUGGCACGGACAGGCUUGUUCGUAACUCUCUUCCCACGUUGUCUAAGCUUAGCUGACACGCUGGUUAUAGUAUGUCGUAGGACCUUGGAGGGCGGCUGCCGCGGACACGAGAGAUGUGUAUGGAGCUUUUAAGUUACUGAAGCUUUUGCGCAGGGCGUCGGCAUAUGCGAGUACUACAUAUUGGCCUUGGUUGCGGCAAAACGUUCUCG